GGCUCACAUCAAAAUGGCCGCAUUUUAGUCUACAGACGAUUUUUCUUUACUGUUUGCCAAUAGCCGCAUAAAGGGCCUGGCAGUGUUCCCUUAAGUGGCAGAUCUGUUUCGCCGGAAAUUUCGCUGUCGAAUAAUCUGAAAAUUUUCGUGAAAUAGAAUAAACUUUGGUUUUGCAUAAUUUUUGUACAUGAUGUUACGUCACCAACAUCACACAAUGCAAAACCAACUUCGAGAUCAUAACAGAAUGGGUGGUCCGAUGCGUCCUAUGCAGCAGGCAAAUAUGGCCCCUUUACAUCAGCCUCAGCAUCCGUUACCGCAUCGGAAUCCACAUCAACAAAUACUGUCCAUGCCCCCCCAUCAACAACACAUUCAUCACAUGCAACAUCCUGGACCACCACAUGGAAAUCCAAGGCAACCAAUGUUGAUGGGCAUGAAUGCACAUAAUGCGAAUGGCACCAUGGUUAGCGUCAGUCUAAAGGAUCAAGCAAAUACUGUUUCUGUGACUCUACAAAAUCCAAAUGUACCACCACCACAGUAUCCACCACCACAAAAUAAUCAACGAAAUCCCCCGCCUCCGCAACACAUUCAACAACCGCAAAGCAUAGAAUCAAAUAAACCAACUACAAAUGAAACAAACAGUGGAGAGUCCAGAGAUCAAAGUCCGCCUACUCAAAAUCACGUUAAUGUGACUGAUUCAGCUUUGGCAAACAUGAAAGAAAAAACACCAAUGUGCUUAUUGAAUGAGUUAGCACGUUUUAAUAAAAUUCAGCAUCAAUAUAGGUUGACUAAUGAACAAGGACCAGCGCACAAAAAGCGAUUUACGGUAACGCUAAAGUUGGGCGAAGAAGAAUAUGUUGCUGAAGGUCCUAGCAUAAAAAAAGCUCAGCACAGUGCUGCUACUGAAGCAUUAACGAAGACGUGGUAUCAACGACCUCCGCCAAAACCUACAAAGACUAUGAGAGUUGGACACCCGGGGAAAUGUUUUGGCGGACCUGGAAAUUUGCCACCAACUGUUGAAUUAAAUGCUUUGGCUAUGAAAAGAGGAGAAGCCACUGUCUAUACUUUUAGACAAGCUCCACCAGCAGGAUUACAACAAUAUGUUACAAACGGUUUAGGACACUUUCCUCGAAUAUUUAAUCCACGUUUUCCUACAUAUAAUCGAGGUUUCCAUACAGAACCUCAAUUAUAUCUUGUAUCUUUGAAGGUAGGAGAACGUGAAUUUAUUGGUAGAGGUCUGACAGGUCAAGCAGCACGACAUGAUGCGGCAAGCAAAGCUUUAGAACAAUUGCGCCAAUUGCCAUUACCAGAAGAAAUAGCAAAUAAUUGUAACAGUGGCGAAAACGGUACAUUAGGUGAAGCUAAAGAUCCAAUUGCAGAAUUGAAGAGCCCUGUAUCAUUAGUUCACGAAAAAGCAUUAAAACGUGGCUUACCUGUUAGUUUUGAAGUUGUGUCAGAAAUUGGUAAGCCUCAUAUUCGGACAUUCAGGACGAAAUGUACUGUUGGAGAUAAAGUUACAUUAGGAGAAGGACCUUCAAAGAAAGUAUCGAAGAAACACGCAGCGGAGUUCAUGUUAGAAGAACUCAAUCGUCUACCUCCAUUGCCUGAAACUAUUCAAAAUCGUUUAGUACGCGUGAAACGCAAACCACCGGCAACAAAGAAAAAGUCGCGAAAUCUUAUAAAAGUUUAUCAAGAACCACGUUCUGACUCUGACUCUGCAGAAGAAGUUAAUCCAGUUUCGCGAUUGGAUCAAAUACAACAAGCUAAACGAGAGAAGGAACCUGUCUAUAAUCUGAUUGAAGAAAAGGGUGCUCCGAGGCGAAAAGAAUUCGUUAUGGAAGUUACUAUGGGACAAUAUUCUGCUCAAGGAAUCGGUCCUAAUAAAAAGUUGGCUAAGAGAGCUGCGGCUGAAGCUCUUUUAACACAGUUAGGUUACACUAAGCCCCAACCACAACCGACGAAGCCAUCGAUUAAAACAGGAGAAAGUGAAAAUGCUGAACAAAAACCUCGAAAAGUUACCUUCCUAGAAGAUGAGCAGAUCAAUGAAACUCAAUCUCAUCCACCAGUAGGAGGAACUAUUGGACGUCAGUUAGUACCUGGACUUUUAUUAGUAGACGGAGGUCAGGAAUCUAAAUUAGGCAGUGGACCUAGCGUACAAAUUGUUGCUGAAGAACUACGAGGACAACAGCAACAAAACCCACCCACUGUUUCUCCCAAAGAUCAAUUGAAAUAUCUGUCUCAGUUAUUUAAUUUCAGCGUGGAAUUUAACGAUUUUCCAAAGGGAGCAGUAAACAAAGAAUAUCUAUCACUUGUAACAUUAAGUACAGAUCCACCACAAGUUUGUCAUGGCAAUGGGCCAACAAGAACUGCGAGCCGUAAUCAAGCAGCAUUGAAAGCUCUAUGUACUUUAAGUAAGCUGGGUCUUGAUAAUGCAUCCAACUCACAAACAAAAAAAGAAAAAGGUGCGUCUGGGGAUGGAAUACAUAUUAGUAUUCAAGUUAAAAACAAUAUAAUGGAUGGAGCUAUUGAUAAGUAGUUAUAUAGUAUUUAAGAUUUACAUAUAAGCUUAAUUUACAUUGCCCUUUUAAGGCAUUGCAAAGGAAAAUUAAUUUAAGGACAUUUCAAAAAGUCAUUGCUGAGAACAAUAUAAAUGUCUGAAAACAAAACUUAAAAGAUAUGUGAUUUCAUUAUAGGUUUAGUAUUAAUAGUAAACAUUAAUAUUAAACCUUAAUGUUAAAUCUUCUGAAAUACUAUGAUAAAAUUUUUCAUAACGAUUUGAUUGAAUUCUUUUUAAUUUGUUAAAUAGACAGGCGUAAGAGUCAUUGUUUCCAGUAUUGUGUGUUUCUAAUAUUUUUUAUUAUAUAUCAUCAAUUUUUUAUUCCUAUUAGUAUGUAUGUUGUUUUUAUGUGUAUAUUUUCCUUUAAAAAAAUUAUUUUUUAUAUAGUAUUAAUCAUGUGUUCCAUUUUUAUUAAUGUAUUUACAUAUAUUACAGUUGUUGAAUGAACUAAUCGGAGGGAGAAUGAGUCUUCUUGAUCUAUCUUUCUUGGGCCUUAUUGCACGGUAACUUCGAUAUUGAAUCACCGAUGACUCUCGAUCUUCAUACAUAACGCCAUUGCUUCUUUAACUUAACGGAUCGCGGAUUUUGAAGAUCAGUAGCUUUUUAUGAAGGAUAAAUCUUUUGCAGUGCCUUAAUCGCAUCAAAAAAUUGCUCAAGCACCAAUAAAUAAUACAGUCUUCUUUCUUCUCCUUUUUCUUCUUUUCUUUCGCGGCAACUGAUCGUUUGCAGCAGCCUUUCAUGGAUUUCUGCAACGAUUAUAAAUAUGGCACGAAGAAUUUGUAUCUACAAUUGCGUAAAUGAAUAUAUAUAAUUUAAAUCAUAUUUUUUACGCUUAAACAUAUAAUAACGUCUUGAAGUAAGAGGUGUUAUUGGUGCUUGAUCAAGAUUGUGAUCUUAACAGUGAUUAUUGAUUCUAUUAUAUUUAUUAUAACAAUUUCAUUGAUAGGGUCACAAUCAGUAAACAUAAACUGUUUAAACAUCGUAAAUGAAAUGGUCAUUUUCCAGAGAGUCGUGGUUUAUGAUCAUAAAAGCAUUGUAGAAACAUUAAGCGAAAAAUAUUGAAAUCUGAGAUGAAAUGCGGCCAUCUCCUAAUUUCUUUAUUUAAUCCUUGGCUUUCUCAUUCUCGCGAAUAAAAUGUCUUUUAUGUCUUAUUACCUACUAUGAACGCGUACAAAUCAGUGAAACAAUUUCAUGAUCUUCAUUUAGAUUCAUUUACAUAGAUGUAAAGCAACUUUAAUAGACUAGUCUUAUUCCGUAUAAAAAACUCAAUGUUUUGUUGAGCGAAAUGAAAUUCUUAAUAAUGAUUAAUUUUGAAAUUAUAUAUAGUGAUCAAUACAAAAGAAGCGCAUUUUCCAAAAUGAGAUUCGGCAAGAAAUUGAAAAGAAUUAUGUGUAUUAAGUGUCUCCAACUGAGAAAACAGUUUUUUAUCAUCGUAAUAUUCACCAAAUGCUUAAGGAUGCUUUAUUAAAUCAAUUUAAUUAUAAUGAUUUACAAGAUUGCACACAGGUAAAUAAUACAAAGAUGAUACAGGUUUGGCAAUUGGUUGGGGACUCUUUAAACGUAUUCGAUUGUUCUCCGAGUUUUUGUUUUAGAAUUUGUAAAAUUGAAGAAAGGUAAUGUGAUAUAUUCAUAUUAUUGCCCCAAUUUGCUUUUCUAUGGGGCCUAGAAGCACUCUGGGGUUAUAUUCGUGUUUUACAAGAUAUUGAGAAGUAAAGGACAUUCAAAUUUUCAUACAUCCGUUAUCUAAAACGAAAAUGGAAGAUAAUCUGGAUGUAUUGGAAAUUAUAGAUAAGAUGGUAAUAAUUCAAAAUUUGUCUCGUUGAAUCAUGGUUAUUAAUAAAAUAUGUUUGAUUUAAUUAUAUUCAAGAUUCCGAUGAGACUACGCUAAAGGGACAACGUCGUCGAAUUUUGUCUUAUUGCCAGAAGCUUAUAACGAUACUAAAUUGGUCAUGAUAUAAAGAAUAUCCAAUAAUGAAUGAAGAUAAUGUCGAGAAAUAGAGUUCGUUCUAUCUAUAUAAGAACAAAAGAAAAUAAUACUAUUAUAUGAUUCUCUUAUGAAGACUUAUCUUAUAUUCAUUAUUCUCACUCCAUCAUUCUACAGAUUUCUUGAAUAUUAAUGAACCCUUAAACAAAAAGGAAGGAAAAAGAACAUAAACAAAUGAUCGUAAAAUUUCAGUAAAGCAAUUGAUUACUUUUCCACAAUAUGUAAUACGCUCUGUAUCAUGGAGAUGAGAGGAAAGAAGGGUUACUUAUAUCAUUUAUAAUAUUUUAUUCUUUCAGAUAACCAUUCAUAACGCGAAACCUUCCGAAUAAUUUAUAGCUCACUCGAGGACGAAUUAAUGAAUGUUCCUUUUUCUGAAAUAUCGCUUCAUAGGUGAGCCUUCCUUCUUCACGUGGGAUUCAGUGUUCCAAAUAAAAGAAACAAUGAAAAAGAGUCGUGGUGAACCUCUUUCGCAUAGUUUUUUCAGUAAAAAAAGUAAGAAAAUGAAAGAAAAAGAGAAACAUGAAUCCUACGAAAAUGUACCCCUGUUGCAGGACCUAUUUUAUCCGCGUAAACUGUAAUACAAUAGUUAGUCGUAAUAAUAAGCGAAUAAAGUAUUAAUUACUAAGAUGUCUGAAGUGGAAGUAUCUCGAUGGAACACAACGAUUAAUGUGAUUCCGAGAAAACGUGGAUGCAUUAGAAUAAAAGGUGACGAUCUAUAGUUUGCUCAACGAGACAAGAGAGUAGACAUAAACGUGGUGAUUCCAGUCACAGUAAUCACAUUUUAUUCGUGUCUACUCUUUCAUCUCGUUGGGCAGACCAUAAAUACUUAUUUUACAAGUAACUCUUUCCUUUUAAAUCUGUAACUAUCGGACAAUUGUACUAUUGGCACGGAAAUUUAUAUACCUGACUAUUAUUAAACUGUAAAUUAUUAUGUCGUAAAAACAUACGUACUUCGUUUUGUGUUCCAACUUAUUGAUAAAUAAAUGCACAAAAAUUUCAAUUUAGUAUUUUCAACAAUUAAAGCGAUUUUAUGUUCGUAUAAUUAAAACAUUAAGUUUAUGUGAAUUGUGUACCGAUAGUUAAAGAAAUUAUUUCAAUGAAAGUAGUUGAAAAUGUAAGUGAAUUAUCCAAAAAUUUCUAUUAAAAAAACGUUUAAAUGACCCGUUAAUUUAAUCUGAUAAUGCUGUAUAUGUUUAUGUUAAAAGAAUGCUUUCCUAAUGAUGGGAAAAAAGAUCAUACUAUGCGAUUUAUUGUUUUUAAUGUUGUGGUAUAGAAAAUGAAAGUUGCGCUUAAAAUAAAUCAGUUACUUUGUUU